UCUCUUUCUCUCUUUCUCUGCGCUUAUGGCGAAGAAGCGAAAGGUCGACGGAGAGGUUGAUGAAGAGGUUGACAUGUCGGUCACUGAGCCCGACGCUAACGGUGAAGAGGGAAAUGAAAGAGGAGAAGCAGAAGGAUUAGAAGUAGAAGAAGAAGAAGAAGAAGAAGACUUGACAAAACUCUUGGAGCCCUUCAACAAAGAACAACUCAUCGAACUUCUAGGUAUAGCCGUUUCUAAUGAUUCAAAAGUAUUAGAAGAAAUCUACCGAGUUGCCGACCUUGAUCCCGCUCACCGUAAGAUCUUUGUCCAUGGACUCGGUUGGGAGACCACCACUGAGAAACUCCGUGAAUUCUUUUCACAGUUCGGUGAGCUUGAAGAUUGCAACGUUGUCUUAGACAAGGCUACGGGUAAAUCCAAGGGCUAUGGUUUCUUGCUCUUCAAGCAUCGUCGACACGCUCAGGUAGCCCUUAAAGAACCUCAGAAGAAGAUUGAGUCUCGGAUGACUGCUUGUCAGCUUGCAUCCUCUGGUCCUGUCAAUACGGUUCAGUCAAAUUCGGUUCCACAUACGCAGCAGACUCAGCAUCCCUCGCAUGAUAAUCUUCCUAAGAAGAUUUAUGUAGGUAAUGUGCAUCCGGACGUUCCUUCUGAUAAGUUACAUGCUUUCUUCUCUAAGUAUGGAGAGAUUGAAGAGGGUCCUUUGGGGUUUGAUAAGAAGACGGGGAAAUCUAAGGGUUUUGCUCUUUUUAUUUAUAAGACUGCGGAAGGGGCGAGGAAGGCUUUAGAAGAACCAAACAAGAGUUUCGACGGGCACCAGUUGUAUUGCCAGAAGGCGACCGAUAGCCAUAAGCUUAGGUCUACUGCUGCUGCCCCCAUCUCUGGAGGUGGCGGACCCGCUCCCGCCCCUGGGAAUGUUCUGGGUGCUGGUGGCUUUAAUACCCCGGCCAACGCAGGUGGUGGCUUCAAUGCACAAGGGGGUGUUGGUUUUGGGGCAUCCGGUGGUGGUGGUUUUAAUGCUCCGGACGGGGCUAUGGCUCAGAACGCUUCGGCCGCCUCUGCUGCACAAUUGUUAGGUCAGGGGUUCUUUGGUGGAACCUUUCCGUUUGGUCAGGGGCUUCCUCCGAAUCAGGCAGCGCUUGCUGUAUUGGCCGCUGCUGGGCAGAAUCCAGCUGCUUUUGGAGUUAACCCUGCUGUUCUUGCAUCGUUGAACCCCGCUUGGGCAGCUGCCAUGAAUGCUGCCCCACAUCCUGUUGCGUCCACUGCCCAAUCGACAAUACCGCAGGCAAUGCCGGGAUAUGGAAUGGGGAAUCCAGGUUAUCAGAACCCACAAGCUUAUCAAGCUAAUAACUCGUAUCAGAGUGGCCCGAUGGCGCAGCCUCAUCAACAAAGGCCACAAUCUGCUGUUGGGCAAAUGGGAGGAUAUGGUGCACGUUAGGUUUAAUUGCGAUCUGGCCUGUCUCGCAUCACCUGAUGACCAUUUAUGAUCAAAUUUACAUACUUGAUGAUGGAUCAAGCCUUCAUCAUGAAGGAGUAGAAUCUCCUACCAGAUUCUGAAUCUUGGAACAAACUUUUGCCAUAUGUUCGGGCCCAUCAAAGAGAAGCUCCCUCUUUACAUUCCAAUGUAAGACAUCUGAACAUCUUU